AUGGUUUUCAAGGUUGGAACAGACUUGAACUCUGUAGCCAUUUUACCAUCGUUGGAGGAAAAAAAAAGAGAAGAAGUGGCCAUAAACAGAGACGUGGUGAAUACAUUGGUAGAAAUUACAAAGUUUCUCGGGAAACAUUCUCUUUCAUUUAGAGGUCACCGUGAGAAUUGGUCUGAGGCUAAUAAAGGCAAUUUUAAAGAUUUAGCAGAACUAAUUAGCAAAUGGUCACCUUCGUUGGCUAUACAUAUUGAAAAAAUAAAAAACAAAGGAAGAAAAGAAGUGAACUUUUUGUCUUGGGAGAGACAAAAUCAGCUUAUCGAUUCUGUGGCUUCGUGUAUCAAAUUAGUUAUCAUUAAACAGUUAAAAGAGUCUCGAUAUUUUAGUGUUUCUAUUGAUACUACUUUUGAUAUUUCUAAAAAAGAGCAAUUGGCAUUUAUUAUUCGCUAUGUUAAUUUUGAAAAAACGAUACCAGUAAUUAACGAACGUCUUUUAGCUUUGAAAGAAUCAUCUAUAACAUCUGGAAUAAAUCUUUUUACUAUUUUCCAAGAAAUCUGUGCUGAAAAUGGACUGAAUUGGAGACGGUUUUUAGUAGGACAAAGUUAUGAUGGUGCAGCCAACAUGCGUGGAGAAUAUGCUGGCCUUCAAGCACUUGUGUGUGCAGAAAAUCCUGCUGCUACAUACACUUGGUGUUAUGCUCAUCGUUUGAGCUUAAUAGUUGUUCAAGGAUCUAGCAGUUCGCAAAAUGCUGUUGACUUAUUCGGCAAUUUAGAAUCUUUAUACGCGUUUAUUACAAGUAGCAAAAAAAGAGUUUCUUGGUUUGAUAAUGCACAGAAAACACAUUAUCCAAAACAACGAGUCUAUCGACUAAAACGUGUUGAGACAACACGUUGGUUUUCACUUUCAUCUGCAUUAAAUACAGUAAUUAUAACACUUAAUGCUUUGAUAGAUACCUUAAUAAAAAUACAGCAAGAUGAAGGAUGCGUAGAUUUUAAAAGUGGAGCAAAAGCAACUGGUUUAAUUGAAUAUUUUCUUUCUGAACGAUUUAUUCUUACUGCCUUUUUAUAUAUUGAUAUUUUCUAUAUGGAGUUCUCACCUUUGCCCAUUCAUCGUCCAAGAAAAAAAAAACGAUUGCCAAGUGAACAAAUAGAAGAUAACCCUAUUACUGAUCCUAAAUAUGAAUUUAAAAUUAAAACAUACUUUGUUGCUUUAGACACAAUUAUCACUGCUAUUAAUGACAGAUUUACUUCUAAAUCUCUAAAUUUACUAAAAGAUAUUUCUCUCUUUUCUACUAAACGUUUAAAUGAAAUAAAAUGUAAAAACUCUGCUUUACCGAAGGAUGCUUUUAAUUCAUUUUGUGAUGUAUACUCAAAGUUUGUACAACUCGAUGAGUUAAAAAAAGAGUAUGUGCAAUUUGCCAAUUAUUUCUCUGAAUUUUCUAACAUCAUGAAGUUACCCAAAAGUAUUCACAAUGAUUAUAGUGUGGAAGUUUGUGAUGAAGAUAAUUUGUCGGAUAUUGAUUUAUUGAAAUUAUGCCAUAUGUCUGGAUUAAAAGAAGUGUUUCCAACUCUUUAUACUGCACUUCAUAUUGCGACCACAUUGCCUGUUACAAGUGCGUCACCUGAACGUACCUUUUCAAAGCUUAAAAUUAUAAAAAAAAUCGGCUACGUAGCACAAUCUCACAAGGAAAACUUGAAAACUUGA